CCUGCUCGUGUAGAUGGGAGAGGUUGCUGGCCUUGUGGCCCUCUCUGUGGGUGGGCCAGGCCUUUUCCCUAGGCUUUAAUGCCCCUUGGGCCGCCUCCUGCAGAGGCUCAGCGACCAUCUACUGCACUACAUUUUUCUCAACUAAAGUACCAUGGAUCAGUAUGAAAUAAUUAAAAUGAUUGGGGAGGGAUCCUUUGGCAAAGUUUUCUUAGCCCGUGGAAAGGAGGAUAAUCGACAAUGUGUUAUCAAGGAAAUCAAUUUAACAAAGAUGCCAAGGAAAGAGAAAGAAUCAUCUCAGAAAGAGGUCACUCUUCUUGCCCGAUUGAAGCACCCUAAUAUAGUUGCCUUCUUUACCUCCCAUCAAGAGAAAAAUAGGUUGUACAUUAUUAUGGAAUAUUGCGAUGGAGGCGACCUAAUGAAGAGGAUUAAUAUGCAACAUGGAGUGCUGUUUGAAGAAGACAAAAUCUUAGGAUGGUUUGUGCAAAUCUCCUUAGGCCUGAAGCAUAUACAUGACAGGAAGAUUCUUCAUAGGGACGUCAAAACACAGAACAUUUUUCUCAGCAAUAAUGGAAUGACAGCAAAACUUGGAGACUUUGGGAUUGCAAGGAUGUUGAGCAACACCAUGGAAUUGGCAUGUACAUGUGUAGGAACCCCUUAUUAUUUAUCACCGGAGAUCUGUGAGAACAAGCCGUAUAACAAUAAAACAGAUAUAUGGUCUCUUGGCUGUGUGCUGUAUGAGCUCUGUACUUUAAAGCACCCCUUUGAAGGCAGCAGUUUACCCCAGCUUGUGCUAAAGAUCUGUAGAGGCUAUUUUAUACCAGUAUCUACAAAGUAUUCAUUUGAGCUAAGAAGUUUAAUAUCUCAGCUGUUUAAAAUAUCUCCAAGAGAUCGCCCUUCUAUCAACUCUAUUUUAAAAAAGCCAUUUUUGGAGAAGCAAAUAAGGAAAUAUUUACCCCCUGAGAUCAUGGAGGAAGAAUUCAGCCAUACUGUUCUCCACCGAAAAAGACCACCGACUUCACAGUCUUCAGCUUCUAAAGUUCAGAAACAAAGGAUCUAUGGUCAUCAUUCUCCAAAAAUCAAGAUGGAAAUGCUUCCCAGAAAAGAAAUGUUGCAUCAAAAUGAAUGGAAAUUUCCCUCAAGGAUCCAGGAUCCCAUUAGCCAGCCCUGGGAUCCUAAGUUAAAGAUGUGCAAAAAACCAGAAGAUGCCAGAAUGUGUGGAGACUAUGAACAUUAUUACAUGAAACUGGAAAACUUGCAGAGGAGACCCUUGGUGCAGGAUAAUGGUCCUCGCAUUGGCCAAAGAAUGGACGAGUUUUAUAAGCAGAAAGGACAAGAGCUGCCACCACCCCCACCUCAUUGGCCAGCAGAAUAUCUUCAAAGACGGUACAAUGCCCAGCAGUACAAGUUAAAAGUACAAAAACAACUUGGGCUGCGCCCAUCUUCAGCUGAUCCCCAUUAUGAUCAGAUGCAGAAGCAGGAGGUGAAAGACAAGCAGCUCAAAGACUAUCAAAAAGCUCUUGCUCAAAAAAAUGAACUGAAAGAACAGGAAUACUUACAACAACUGGAGAAAAUUCGUCAGCAGUAUCACAGCGAAAUGAAUGAAAUUAAACUUAAAGCAGAAGCACUAGAGCAUAAAAACUUAAAGGACAAAACCUAUCUUGUGAAACAGAGAAACUCUGAGGACCUUCCUGCUUCCAAAGAAGAUAUUUCUGAAGGAAAAGAUGAAGCAUUCCAGGAUAUUGAGCAAAAUUUGAAACAGAUUGGAUUGCAAAAAUGCCAGGAGGGAAACAUACUGGAAGUGAAGCACAAAGCAAAGGGAGGUGUGACAUUUCAGAUUGAUCUAAAAGCUGAUGCCCCAAAUGUAAGCAACAUCCAGGAAGAGAAAGAGGAUCAUGAUAAACUUAAUGACACUUUGACUUUUAAAGCUGGAGAAAACCUUAAGAAAAAUCUGUCGAACAGCUAUGAUAAUAACAUAGAUAAAGCAUUGGAAGAAUUGUGCUAUUGGGAAAUAGAUGCUGACAAUGAAGACGAUGCCCCAGUAAACAGAAAACACUGGAAAGCUUCAGCUCCACAGACUCUCUUGAAUCUUCUCAAAAAUGCAGAUAUAACCUCAGUAUGUCCUACUAUGGAAGAAGUUGGUCAGGGGGUCAUACUGCCUUUAGACCUCCCUGAAAAUAGGAGAAAAUGGAGCCAGGAAUCUCCUGGGACACUAAUGAAUAUGUUGGCAGAAGCUGAAUGUUCGAGUGACACUUUGUGCCCAGCUGAAGAGCCAAGUAAGACAAUAAACCCUCAGGAUCCCCCAAAAGAGGAAGCUGAUUUGGCUACGGCUUCUGAUGCUGAAGUGGAUGAAGGCAGACUUGAUCCAAGAUCUGAUGAUGAUGACACAAACUUUGAAGAAUCUGAAGAUGAAUUGAGGGAUGAACUGGUAGAAUCCCUGGAAAAAAUGGUAACCUCUCUAGAAGGAGAGAUCUCUAAAGCUCCUAUUGAAUCAACAGAGGGAAAUGAAGUGAAAAAGGAAAAUGAGACUCCAAGUGAACCUAGAGAUCCUGAUGUCAGUUUGGAUAACAAUGUGGCUAGAGAGAAACAGGAAGGAGCAAUGAGUUAACACUGUUUUUGUUAAUACUUUAAGAAUGAAAAGCAAACAACUGCAUCCAUGUUAAAGGUUCAACAUUUAGGAAUCAAGUGCCUCUUGUAGAAAGACCAUUCAUUAUUUAGCAGUUAAUCAAAUAUAAAUGGUACUCCAGUUGAGAAUAAUAGUUACGCUACUACUUAGUUAUUUUA